AUGGUGAGCGCCACAGCCUCGGAAGUGCCCCCGACCACGGGGGUCAAGAUCUUCUCGGCCGGAGUGGCCGCCUGCCUGGCGGAUGUGAUCACCUUCCCACUGGACACCGCCAAAGUCAGGCUACAGAUACAAGGGGAAAGCCAGAUAUCCAGUGGCAUUAGGUACAAAGGCGUCCUGGGAACCAUCACCACUCUGGCGAAAACAGAAGGGUCUAUGAAGCUGUACAGCGGGCUGCCUGCUGGCAUCCAGAGGCAAAUAAGCUUCGCCUCCCUCAGGAUCGGCCUGUAUGACACAGUCCAGGAGUACUUCACAUCAGAGGAAGGAAAGGCACCUAGCUUGGGAAACAAGAUUGCUGCUGGCUUAAUGACCGGAGGCGUGGCAGUGUUCAUCGGGCAACCCACGGAGGUGGUGAAAGUCAGACUGCAAGCACAGAGCCAUCUACAUGGUCUGAAACCUCGCUACACUGGAACCUACAAUGCUUACAGAAUUAUAGCCACAACAGAAAGCUUGACAACUCUUUGGAAAGGCACUACUCCUAACCUACUGAGAAAUAUCAUCAUCAAUUGUACAGAGCUAGUGACAUAUGACCUGAUGAAGGGGUUCUUUGUGAAAAACAAAAUACUAGCAGAUGACGUCCCCUGUCACUUACUGUCGGCUCUUAUUGCUGGGUUUUGCACAACACUUCUGUCCUCUCCUGUGGAUGUGGUAAAAACCAGAUUUAUUAAUUCUCCAGCUGGACAGUACAUAAGCGUGCCUAGCUGUGCAAUGACAAUGUUCACUAAGGAAGGACCAACGGCUUUUUUCAAAGGAUUCAUGCCUUCCUUCCUACGACUUGGAUCCUGGAACGUCAUCAUGUUUGUGUGCUUUGAACAGCUGAAACGGAAUUGA